AUGGUUAUACUUUGGUAUUUGCCAAUGAGUGAUGGACUUUUAAUAGUUCUGCAAUAUUUCUGGGGAGAUCAUCCUCUUGUUGGGAGCGUUGUUGCUCUUCACCCUUAUGUCUACGUUGUCAUUGUUAGAAUAAGGUGUAGAGUUUUGCUUGAGUAUAGCUUAUUCCUUCAUUUUGCUGAAGUUAUGUUUACUACAUACGAAAAUAAUGCGCGGCUCACAGUGAAUACAACACUCACAUUGGUGACUAUGCAACCGGUUGAGAAAUUGAAGUCAGAAACAUCAAGUCGUUGGGCGUCCUACACUACUUCUAGUGGUUAA